CAAAGGCUACGGUCACAUCAGGACGCAGUGUAAUUUUGUAAAAAUGUCAUUUUCCGCCAUUGGUGAUUGCCAACUUGUUUCCCAAAUAUAUCAAUACAAAAACCACCGCAUCGCCUGCAGCGUCAAAGUUCUGCCGACACCUGUGACCCAUUUUAAGCGGGAACCGCAGAAUGUCUUUCACUGGAUGACGGCGGACCGCUGGAGUAGAAUCGAAAGUGGUCUGUGGCUUCUGUUGGAGAAUCUCGGUCAGUGGCAGGAUGCCCACAAGCUGCACACCGAGCUCAUAAUCGAUCACAUUAAUGUCCGGGUCCAGGCCAGCGAUACACCGCAUCCUGCCACGGUUACCCUACUGGACGGAUCGGGCCUGACCUCCAAGGAUCUCAAUCUGGACAUCCAGCUGCAGUACAUAUCCCAUGAGGACACCACAAUCGUGGGCGUCCACACCACGAAGCGGAAACUUGCCACGGAGGCAGAAGCCAACGGCUCUGGGCGCAAGGGAAAAACAGUCACUUCGGGAAUCAAGCCAAAAGCUAGUCAGCCUGAAAAACUCGUACAAUCCAAACCCAAGCACAUAGAUGCCGACGACGAAGAAGACAACUUGACUGUAGACAGCCAACCACCAGCCAAAAUAAAGCGCGAACGCAGAUCCAUUUCUCAGGGUGGCGAGAAGGAGAAGUAUUCGAGCAGUGCAAGUUCCUCCCGACAAGGAAAGCCCAUCAAGAAAUCGCAGAGUCCAGUUCAAAGCAUUCACAGAAAUUCCCGAGCCAGCUCUGUUGAGUCUAAGCCAGCCCGCCGUUCUGGACGAUCCCCCAUUCGUCCAAGUCGUUUUGAAAACUACAUCUUAGGGGGGGCUAAGGCUGGCAAAGGCAAAGUUCUCAAGCCCAAGGUUCAACGUCCAGCCACAUCUCCAGAAAAACCGAUGAAGGUGGAACAGAUGGACGGAGCCCGCUUCGAUGCCCUGCAGCGGUUGGAUAGCAUGCUGGACAUGCCCAAGCCGCGGGAAGUUAAGAUUCUACUCUUGGAUAAAAUGGGCGAAGCAGAUGUCCUGAACACUUUCGAAAUCUAUCGCUCCGAUUUCGACAAACUGUUCAAGGAACGGAAGCUUAAACCGCGCACCAAUUGUUACAUGAACAUUGCUCACGUUGACGUCUUAGACAUUCUUAACAAGAAUAUUCAUGAAAAGAUGCUCAAAAAACUAGGGGAAUUUUACAGCUUUCGAAGCAACCAUACUACGCUGCUUUUAAACGGACUGCUUCCGCUAUGGAUAGUCCGCCUUUUUAUGGACACUUACAAAUUAUCACAUUCGGAGGCGGUGCAGCAAAUCCGCGACCAAAUGAAGUACAACACAUAUCUGAAGGCCUUGAACGAUGAUCCCUUAAGUUCCGACCUUGAUGACUGAUUGAUUCUUCUUUUGCAUAUAAGAGUAUUAAUCAUAGCAUAUUUAUACGAUAGACAAAAUUCUGCCAAAAUAAAACGAUUCGGAGUGACCAUUAGUUUAA